UGGCAGCUCAGCUGUUUUGUGCUCAUGGUUCCGUGCCGUUGAUGUAACAACCAAACCGGCUGAAAACAUAAAAAUUUAUUACAAAAAUCCACUCUCGUGAAAUGCAAAUUCGUCGUCCUCGAGGUGUGACAAUUCCUCAGUUAAUGGUAGUAACCGCUCUCGGGGUACUAGGAGGCAUAUACAUUUGGCAGCCAUUGAUAUUGAAAUUCAAAGACGAAAAGAAAACAGACAGUGAACCUAAGGCUCCAACACCAGCGGCAGUCACAAAUUCCGCAAAAUGAGUUUCAUUAACGGACUCAAGAAGUUCGCCACCACGACCGUGGGUCUGAUGGCCAUCGGCAUCGGCUCCACCGUCUUCAUUUAUACCGGCCAUCGGUUUAUUGUGAAACCCUACCAAUCCAAGCAACGACGCCUCCAAGCGGAAGCCUGUGCGGACUAUCUGUUUCAGCAGGAGGCCCAUCCGAUCCGCAGUGAUCUCCGAUAGAGAGCGAGCGCUGUGUCCAGUAAUUUUACCACAUCCAUCAUAUAAAACAUAUAUUACAUCCUUUUACGUAAACCCGAGGGAACAGUGAAGUUUUUAGGUUCAUAAAUUAAUCAUUGAUUUCAGUAGAGUAUUGGAAGCAACAACAUGAAUUGAAUAAGUAAUGAAAACAAAGAAGCUAGCCAACCAGCCAAUAGAUAUGUUUAAACAUUGAAAUAAAUUCCACAUAAAGAA